AUGCACCGAGGUUUUAGCGCCCUGCACUUGACAAUGCACCUGUAUUUCGGGCACACCUGGUUGUGCAAUGCAGGGAGGCGCCCCAGGACCCGGAGGCGGCAGGACCCUGUGCCUUCGCGCGCUCGCGCUGUCCCUCGCCUUCCGCUCCGGGCUCCCCCGGGGGGGCCUCAGCUACUGCACCCCCUCAGCCUCCGGGGCAGGGGCGAAGCCCGGAGAGCCGCGGGGCUGCCAUGGCGGAGCCGGAGGGCCACGGCCGAGGACCUGGACGCCCUCAUCGACGACCUGGACUACCUGCCGGGCCACUUCCACCUGGAGAUGCAGUUGAACUUCGAGCCGCGCUCGCCGGCCUCGCUCCGCGCCCGGGACCUGAAGCUGCAGCGGGACGGCUUGCAGCAAGAGCUCGAGCUGGCGGCCGCCCCGCAGCGCCCCGCCGUGCGCCACCUCCUAGGCGCCUUCGCCUUCUAUCUCGACGAACUGGGCGAGGCCCGCGAGCGCUUCCUCGAGGUGGCCCGCGAGGACCCGGGCAACCUCAACGCCUGGGCCAACCUGGCGCACGUGUACGGGCGGCUGGGCCAGGAGGAAGAGGAGGAGGCGUGCGCCAGGCGUCUGGCGGGCCUCAUGGGCCUGGAGGCGGAGCGCGAGGCGGCGGGGGACCCCCAGCUCCGUGCGGCGCGCUGCCUGGCGGAGCAGGGCUAUGCGCACGGCUUCGACGUGGGCUGCACCAGCCGGGAGGAGCGAGCGCAGGUGCUGGCCGCCGGCAUCGCGCUGUACGACAAGGCGCUGGGCUACGCGCAGCAGAUCCCCAUGGAGGAGAAAAGGGGCUGGUACUUCACCAUGACAACGCUCUUCAUCAGGCUAGAUGGCAUCUUCCUGGAACUGGGCAGCGAGGAACAGAAGAGGCUGCCCGCCUUCAACCGUACUCUGGCCCUGCUCCGCCAGGUGCUCAAGUCCUCGGACCCCCACCACCAAGCUCUAGCCUGGUGCUACCUCGGGAUGCUGCUGGAGAGGAAGGACACCUUCUCCACCACCCCCAUGGGUAUCCACGACUGCGGGUACUCGGGAACGGACCCCCUGGACUGCUUUGGCAAGGCCAUUGAGAUAGCCAAGGACCACCCCACCAUCCUGAAUCGCCUGGCCAAAAUCUUCCACUUCCUAGGAAAGCAGGAUAUGGCCAUUGGAACCUGCAACAUGGCUCUGGAUAGCCUACGAGAUCCAGAGCUCAACUGGCAGGCGUACUGCACUAGGGCCAAGAUCCACCUCAAAGCCUACCUUCAUGACCUGGAGCGAGCCAAGAUGGGCCUCGGGGGCAUGCCUGACAGGGACCACCUGUCCUGUGCCAAGGCCGACCUGGAGGAAGUGGUCAAGGUGUGCCCAAGCCUCAACACCUACCUGGACAUCGGCCAGGUCUACUACUACAUGGGUGUGGAUGCUGUGCAGGAGCUGCUGGCGGUGGACGAGGCGGCGCUGAACCAGGCGCUGGUCUUCUUGGCCAAGGCCGGCGAGUCAGAGCUGGGCGCCACGCUGCCCGAGCUGCAGCUGCUGCGCGGCAAGUGCCUGCGCAUCAAGGGCGAGGAGGCCAACGCGGCGGCCUGCUUCAAGCGCGCGGUGGAGCUGGACGACGCGGGCUCCAGCCACACCGAGGGCUUCGGCUGCCUGCUCGAGGCGCUGCUGGCGCAGUGGAGGCAGGCGCAGCUGAGCGACGCCGAGCUGGGCCGCGACGUGGACGCGUGGCUGCGCCGUGCCCAGGGCAAGUACCCCGCGGCGCGCCUGCGCCAGGAGCUGCAGCGCGUGUGGCGCGGCCACACGGGCGAGGUGCUGGGGCUGGCCCGGGCCUUGGUGGCCCAGGGACGGCCGGCGCUGGUGCGGCUACUCUUCGAGACCAUGGAGCAGGACGGCGACAUCGGGAGCGGGCCGCGGGGCCACCGCGCCUUCUCCCUCUAAAGGGCGACGAAGCCCCGCCCCACCUACAGCUGACUGGACGCUCAAAACGGACCUGCUCUGCCAUAGGCUGGCUGGUGAGCAGAGCCAAUUAGAUCCUCUUCCGGGAAUGGGGAUGUUGGGACCCGGCGAUUGAGACGCGAGGGUCGGGUGGCGUGCCCACCGAGCUACAAAGGCAUGAUUCAGGCGACCAGGGAAGGUUGGGGCAGACGCGAGAGGCCACUGGGAAGCUGCCAUAUGAAGCACUGAAUUGUACAAAUACACAGGAAAAGUAAGAUGGAUGCAAGAUACAGAAGGUAACUGUUUCCGUUUUGGCGGCUUUUUAGUCCCAGUGCGCAGUCCUUGAGACCUGAGAUCCUGUCUUGGGAUUGCUGUGAACCACAUUCUACCCUUAUAAUAAAGCCGCCUUUACAUAAAUUGAUUGGAGUGGGUCUCCAGGUCCCACAGCCAGAAAAGCCAUUCCAGAGCAGAGGGCAAAGCUGAACGGUGAGCAGGUAAGGGCAAGACAGCCUACACGUGGCCGCGCAGGCCUUUUGCCCACCUGCCUAGCAGUCUUCCAGCAGUCCUCAUCUUUGGCCAGCUUGGUCUGAAAGGCCCUUAGACUUCCUGACCUAAAGCCCAUCCAGUAGAAUCUUUGCUUCAUUUCUCCGUUCUUAGGAGAACCUAGGGUUCCCCUCCCCACCCAUCAGCAAGUGCUACCUGCACCUGGUCGUGAACCUUCCGCAAAAGAGUGAAGAAAGUCUUGGAAUUUUACACUCGUGAACUCGUAGUCGUAGAGUUCUAGAUAUGGAACUUUAUUGUCAAAGACUUAGGCUCUAAUCACCAGUGAAUCUUAGAAACACCAAGUUGGAUUCUUGAGCUCUACCUACAAGAGCCAAUUUAACCUAAAAUUCCAGAUGAAGAUCUUGCCAGACUCUGGGAAUGCUGGUUGUUCAUACCUGCGAUGGCAGGACCCCCAUAAUGGUUUAUGAUUUAUUUUUCAUUUUUUCCCCUUUCUUUGGAGAGUUAAUACCGAUUGCUUUGCUCCUAUCCCUGACCCUCAAACUUUACCAGGGAAAAGCCAGCACCCCUGCAUUGCUUCUUAUGUCUCCAGUGACAGAUGGAGAACAGACUGAGAAGUGAAGUCCUUAGAGAUCAUGCACUCCAAUCCCAUUAGAUGAGAAUCCUGAGACGACCUAGAAGGGGAUGGCUUGCCCAAAGUCCCACCGCCCAGCCUCCCACCACUGUACUUCAGACUUACUGUCAGCAUUUUACAGGUUUGGAAAAAUACUAAUAAACUGAUUAAUGCUAAAGCA